CUCCCAAAGUGCUGGGAUUGCAAGUGUGAACCACUGUACCUGGCCAGGGAAGAACUGUUUAAUAUGUACAACUCCCCUCCAGCCACCUGUGGAAACUCAGAGAAGUGCUUGAAAAGUCAGACAGCUGCUUAGCAGAAAGGAUGAGAAACUGUGUUCCUAACAUGUGCUUCACAGACACUAGUCCCACUAUGUGCCUCCUGACACAAAGAGGGCUCUGUGAUGAAAUACAAAUACACUAGCACAGUACCCCUCGCUCUGCACUCUUCGUGGAGACUCACGUGUACAUCACUGAUUUAGGGUUCUGAAAAUGCCAGUAGUAAACAAAACCGUUUAGCCCAGUCCCCCAAAUGUCUCUGUGCUCACAAUCGACAGAACACCCACUAUCCAGUUGGAACCAGCCUCAGUGAAAAUGCUCAGAGAACCGCUGACAGCUCACAGUCCUCAGGUGUGGGGCUCUCAGACCACCAAAGCCACAGUUACUUAACCGCCCCUGUCUUACAGGUAUCUGCAUGGUCUGUGUGCAAGCACCAGCGACCUUCACAGGAACAGAUCGCGCACACCUAUGACAUUUACAAAGCACAUCGAAGAUGUACACUCAGAACCUCUUUUCCGAAAAGACUUUCAGCAAAUGAACCCACCUCACCGUGAACCAGAGGCCUCGACUUUGGUGACACAGGGUCCCAAGCCCCACACCCCCAGAUACUACGUCAUUAAUGAACGUGACUCUUACAAGAAAAAACAUCUAAAUGUCUGGCCAGAAAGACAUUUCAAGAUAGAUGCUUCAGGUGACAUUGUGGAGCUGUACCCUAGGAACGUGCAACAAUAUGCAUCCUGGGUCCCCCGCCAGCCUCCCUCCCCACAGCUGAGUGAAGAAGAGGAGGAGACGCCAAGGAGAGAUUGGAUCAAACAGUCUCUUCCCCCACGCUCUCUGAUAGACCUCCGUCGGGCUCCUCAUUUUUAUAUUGGGGAGAGGUCCGAAAGUCAGAACCUGGCUCCCAAGCACCAGGGGAGGGUGCACUACAAGUCGUGGAAGGAAGAUUUCGAGGGUCACCUUGAGAGGCCAGCCUAUGUGCCCAAAAAGCCACGAUCCCGGAAUUUCCAAUACGCACAGCCCCCUCUGAAGCCCAGAGGGAAGCCCAGGUUUGAGCCAUCCCUCACGGAAUCUGACUCCGUGUCGGCAGCAUCCAGCAGUGACCAGCAGAACAGCAGUGCUGACCAGUACCUGCAGGUCACCCACAGCCAGGGCAGGUUCCCGAGGUCCGUGGGCCAGCCCAGCAGGAGGAAGGCCAAGUCGGGGCAGGAGCUGACCAUGGAUCUGGAUGACUUGAUUUGUUCAAAUGUCUAGGCUUCCUCCAGUGUCCCGUUCCUAGAGGUCAGGCCCCUAUUGGAGUGCUGGGCCAGCACAUGGUAUCUCCCUUUCUGGAAAAAGAGGUGAACACGUGUGUUAGAGACCUGAGGGGCAUGGCCAGCCGCUGCUAGCUGAGGCUCUGAGGCUGACAGGG